UCCCCUCCCAGCUCUCCACGUUCCGCCUCCGCCUCCUCCCCGCGUCCCCCCCCGGCCGCCCCGGGAUGUACCGUCGUUCCGCUGCCGUCCCAUCUCCUCGCAGCGUCUCUGCGGGGCGGCCCCGGCUCCCUCGGCCAUGGGGGCCGCGGCCCUGCGAGCCCUUCCCUGGGCUCUGCUGCUGCUGCUGGGCCCGCUGUUACCCGGGCAGGGUUUGCAGGCCAACGCCUCGCACGGUCCCGAACCCACCGAGGAGCAGCCGUGGGUUAAAGCCGGGGGUAUCACCGCCGCCCCCCCGGCCACGGCGCAGGAGGUUCACCCGCUGAACAGGCAGCACCACAACCAUUCGGCAGAGGGGCACCCCAAGACCCGCAAGGCUUUCCCCGUGCUCAGCAUCGACUACUCGCACGUCCGCAUCCCCUUCGAGAUCGCGCUCUGGAUCCUACUGGCCUGCCUGAUGAAGAUGGGUAGGGGCUGGGGGCUGGGGGCGAUUUGGACGUCACGCAAACGGCGUAAAUCGAGUUCGGGAAUACUGCCCUUCCCGAACGACGACGCCGUGUGA